UGUUUGCUUGAGAAGAAGAAUCAGCGGAAAGCCGACGCAAAAGUCGGUUUUCAGGCACGUGAAACGCCCGACAAGCCGCGAAAAAGUUCUAAUUCGGUCGAACAAUGGAAUCGUGGUUGGGAAUUCCAGAACGAAGCGAAUUUCGUUUCGCGACUGAUUGCCGAACACGCAGGAUGAACGCGUGAAGGAUCCGCGAGAGGUCGAGGAGUCAGAGCCGAGAAGAGGAACAGAAAAGGAACAAGAUCCUAGAUAUCCCCCACCAGACGUAGAGGUGGUCCACGGAACCGCCUCCGCGAUCUACCAUCCAACGUUUGGUGCGUGUGCCAGACGUGUGCUCGUCGUUUCUGCCUCUUUCGUACGGACCAACCUGUGCGGUGCUCGCUGAAUGAACCUUCACGGUCCUCGUCGAUCCGUGUUCGUCUUUCUUCUCUUCUAGUCAGUCCGUCAGUCAGUCGGUCGGUUAUCGGACUUUCCUUCAACCGUCGUCAUCGCGAGUGCUGUUCCUCACGACGUCUUUUCUUUUCCCCUUUCGUCGACAUCGACGAGAGAACUACCACAAAUUGGAGUCUUGGGAAAGUUGAAAUUCGCGACGUUGCGACUCCAGUGCGAGCCAAUUGCAGAGGAGAGGAAUCAAUCGAGCCGUGAACGUGCCGAAACGCGUGAACGCGAUGUUUAUCGAGUGAGAUAAGAGGAGGAAAGGGUCUGUCGUUGAACGAGCGGCGGAAAUCGAUGCGACGCCGAUACGCGAGCCACGAGGAAGUAGAAGGGUCGCUUUAUGAUAAAUCACGAAACGAUAAUCUCGGAUUAAUUGUCCAGCUUUCUUCUCGUUCGCUUUCCUUCCUGGUUUCUUUGCGAUGCCCCUCUCGACGCGUUUUACGUCGUGAAGGUAGAACAGAGUGCACGGGAUAAAGCGGCGGACAGAUCGACGAGCUCGAUGUUUCAUUGUCAGUGAAAUUCGUUUGCUCGCGAGCGAACGCGACCGAUCGUGUUUUUACCAGGAAGAAGAGAGACGAGAAGUAACAUCUAGGAAGAUGGAAGCUCACCAAGAUAGCGGCUUAUCGUCUGCUGCGACGGAAACGGAAGCUGGACCGUCGAGCAGCGAACAAUGCAGCAACGAGCAAUGCACCAGUUCCUUAGACGAUGCGGUGGGCAAGCUACUUCAAGGCUACGACUGGACCUUGCUCCCGGUAACUUCUCGCGCAGGAGGACGAAGAAGCGCUCACGUAAAACGUCCAAUGAAUGCUUUUAUGGUUUGGGCUCAAGCGGCCAGACGUAGAUUGGCGGACCAAUAUCCACAACUUCACAAUGCCGAACUUUCGAAAACAUUAGGAAAACUGUGGAGAAUUCUAAGCGACGGUGAGAAACAGCCGUUCAUAGAGGAAGCUGAGAGGCUGAGGAACGCGCACAAAAAGCAACAUCCGCAUUACAAGUACCAACCGCGUCGACGAAAACCGAAAACCGAGGAACAGAUGGGCAUCGUGAUGCAUCGGGCUACCCUGUCCUCUCCAGGCACGUCGGUGGACUCGACCAAUUCAUCCGACUGCACCUAUCCUCGCCUGUACCCAGACACCGGGAUCAAAACGUACGACAGGCCAACUUAUCACGAUAGCAAAGCCAGCUACGAUCUCUCGAGAUCGGCCUGGACCACCGAAUCCGGCAAAUACCCGGCCGAUCAUUCGAUCGUAGAAAGUAAACCGUACGACGCUAUGAGAUACGAAUCGAACGUAGCAACGAAAAGCUACGUGGACGCGAAGUGCUACGAAACGGUCAAGUAUCACGAGGUAUCCGCCGCCGCGAAAUACCACGAGACGAUUCCAAAGUAUUCCGAGUUACAGGCAAAGCCUUACGAUCUGCCCAAAUACCCGGAGAAUCCCCUAAAAUAUCCCACGGACGUUACCAGCCCGAGCAAAUCGUACGCGUGCGUACACAGCCAGUAUUACUCCGCUCCCGAAGGAUACACCGUGCACGAAGAAAACGAGUAUCAAACGCAAGGAGUCUCGACCCACUCCUUUUAUCCAUAUAUUUCCGCGUCCAUGACGCAACCCCCAUACUACAUGGGUCCUCGAUAAAUCAGUCUCAAAGAAAAAAAAAAAAAAAAAAAGAAAAAGAUGCGUUUCAUUCAGGGACCAAAGAUAAUAGUUUUUUCUUUUUUUUCAAUCUUCAUGAAAACAAGUCGCUAGUUAAUCUUUGUUCAAAGAGACUUUUUCGGAAACUUAAAUGACCGAAGAAUGGUAAUUUUAAUGACUACUUACGAAUGAUUAAAAUUUUUUUUAUUAUCAGCAACCUUCUAGUCAUCGGUGGUGAAGAUACUUUUUGCUUACUUUAGACGAAUGUCUAGUAAUAAUUCAACAAUUUUUAUUAAAAUUAUAAUUAGAAGGAAAUCAUUUUCACCGCCAAUGAUUAUCAGUAACGAAAAAAAAAAUCUCAAUUAUUUAUAAUAAUUAUUCUUAACCAAAUUCGUUUAAAUUAAAAUUAAAAUAUGAAUGUUUAUAGUAUAAUUUCUUUAAUUUGAAUUAUAACAGUUGUGGUCCCUGGUUUUAUUCGUUUGCGUAAUUUUGCACCGGAAAUAGGAGUGUGUGGGCAUCGAUAGUUUGUUAGCCUGCUUAGUAUUGUUUUUCUUUCCUUUGCUAUUUAUUCUUUAGCAACAACUCUUGUGAUUAAAUAAACAGAUAAAUAUCU